GAGAGAGAGAGAGGGAGAGAGAGAGAGAGAGAGAGACAUACACACACAAGUGCGGAUAACACAUCACUAUGUAGUGCUAAGGGGGUGGGGUGGGGUCAUUGCUCUAAAAGAAAUAGAUCCAUACAUUACACUGACAGCUUCAGGUUCUUAGGAACUGAUGGUGUUCAACAGUCUGUGCUGGUUCAACUACAUUGAUGGCAUAGCCAAGAAAGCUCCCCAGACCCUCUACUGCAAGAAACCGCAGACAGUUGUCGACACAGCUCGGCACAUCAAGGAAACCAAACUCUCCCUCCAUGAACUCCAUGUAUAUUUUUCGCUGCCUCAGUAAAGCAGCCAAGAUAAUCAAAGACUUUACCCAUCCCAGUCAUUCUCUCUUCUCCAACAUCCCAACAGGCAGAAGAUACAAAAGCCUGUAAGCACGUACCACCAAGUUUAAGGGCAGCAUCUAUCUCACUGUUCUAAUUCUACGGAAUAGCUCCCUAAUAUGAUAAGUGUGGUAAACUAUGUAUACCUGUCUGGACACGCCUCUCUGCUGACUGCUCCUGUGGCUCCUCCCACAGACCCCUGUAUAAAGGUGAUUGGAGGCACUGCUCCCCCCUCAGUCUCCGAAAUGCUGUGCUUCGUUUUGCUGCUAAUAAAAGCCUAUUGUUCGCCUCCCGUCUCCGAGAGUUAUUGAUGGUGCAUCAAUAAGAUAGACUCUUGACCUCACAUACUACUUUCUUAUGAAUUUGCUCUGAAUGUCUACCUGUAUGAUACUUUCUCUGUAAUUGUAACACUUUCUUCUGCAUUCUAUUUGACUUUGUUCAACCUCAAUGCGUUCAUAAUGAAUCGAUCUAUGUGAACAACAUGCAAGUCAAAUUUUUCAUUAUAUCUUGGUACGUGUGACAAUAAUAAACCAAUUCAUCCAUUUUUACUGUCUCCACACUUGGAAUCAUCCUCUAGGUGUUGGAAAGCACUCAAAUUCAAGUCUAUAAUUAGCAGUGGUCUAUCACAAAGCACUAACAAACCACCUACUGCCAAUCAACCUAAAAAUAACAUCUGUUCACCACAAAAAAUGAGAAGGUCUGCAGAUGCUGGAAAUCCAAAGUAACACCCACAAAAUGCCGGAGGAACUCAGGCCAGGCAGCAUCAAUGGAAAAGAGUAAACAGUCAACAAUUCAGGCCUAGACCCUUCCACGGGACUGAGAAGGAAUGGGAAUGUGCUUGAAUAAAAAGGUGAGGGGUAGGGGGAAAAGGCUAGCUGGAAGGUGAUAGGUGAAGCCAGGUGGGUGGGAAAGGUAAAGGGCUGGAGAGGAAAGAAUCUGAUGGGAUAGGAGAGUGGACAAUAGGAGGAAGGGGCCUGAGGGAAGUAAUAGGCGUGAAUGGGAAUUUAGACAGUUGUAAGGGACCUUUACAAAAUCCCAAUGGGAAAAGAUGGAUUAAAUGCAGGAACGAUGAUCCUUUUACUGAAGAAGCCCAAAAUCAGAUAUUACAGCCUGUGGAUAUGAUGAGGAAAAUUUAUUUCUCAUCCCAAAGACUGGUGACCUUGUGAGAUUUUCUAGUACUAAUACCUAAACAGAUCAAAGGGAGAAAGCAGGAGUAGGGUAGUGGAUUUGGGAUGAUCAGCCACAACAACAGCAUAGCAGCCUGGAAAAGCUGAAAGGCCUACUCCUGCAGCUAUUUUCAUGAAAUGCUCUUUAAGUCAAUCUAGCCAUCACUAGCAAGAUCUAGAUUAUGGACUAAAUCAUCACUUAGAUGUGGACAGUGAAGUGGGACUUUUGCAUUUAUGCAAACUCUUAAAAUAACAAAAUGUAGAAAAGGUAACCAUAGGGCUGUUAAAAUUUGAUACCAUGGCACAUCAAGAAAUACUAAGGCAGAUGUUUAAAAGGAUACUCAAAGUUUAAAGAAAAUUAUACAAAUACCUUGUAGGACAAGUAGCAGCUGCUGAGAUAGAAACAGUUAACAUUUCAAGUUGAGGACCUUUGAAGUGAAACCUUACUCUUUGUUUCCAUAGCUCCUGCUUAAUAUCUCCAGCAUUUUCUAUCCUUAAACUUCAUGGUUUUUAUUACAGAUUCCAGUAUCUACCAGAUUCCAGCUUUUCUUUUGCUUUACAGUAAGGUUUCUAAGAGCAUCUAUAAAGGAUUCAGGCAGCUGAAUCCAUGGGUACCGAUGAAGCAAUUACAGAUUAAUCAGAAGAAUAUAGAGUCUGGAUGGGGAGGAUUUCAGACCUCAGAGAAUUUUAAGAAUCUAUAGGUAAAGGAGAGAGAUGUGAGGCCAAUGAAGGACUGAAAGAGAAAAGGUACACAUUCUUAACGGUGGCUCCUUUGAGCUAGAAGCUAAAAUUGGUGUAUAAGUGUAGGACUGAGUCACAGGGUGUGUUUGGAUACAGGGCAGAAUUUGGCGAUCAGCUGCAGUUUCUGGGGAGAAAAGGGAAGGUUAUUCAAGAAAGGUAUGGAAUAAUAUAGCAUUAUCUAAAAUUACCAAAGUGAUAACUGAGGGCAUCUGGUUUCCAUAAAUAUCUAACAGCACUGCCUUUGCAGAAUCUGAGGUGAUCUGGAAUUUGGUGAUGAAUCUGGAUGUGGCUUCAGGGGCAGUUCAAAGACUGAGUGUGCUGCAACUCCUACCUACCUCCUACCCUCCACACCUUUUCCACCAGCAAGUUCAAAGUUCAAACUAAAUUUAUUAUCAAAGUACAUAUGGCACUGUAUAAUACCCUGAUAUUCAUUUUCUUGUAUGUAUUCACAGCAAAUACAAAAAAAAUAGAAUCAACAAAAAACUACACACCAGAUGGACAAACAACCCAUGUGUAAAAGACAACAAACUGUGCAAAUGCCAAAAGAAAAAAAUGAACAAAAUAGUAAUAAUAAAACAAUAAGUGAUAAAUAUCGAGAACAUGAGAUGAAGAGUCUUUGAAAGUCAGUCCAUACAUUGCAGGAACAGUUCAGGGUUGGGGUAAGUGGUUCAAGAGACUGAUGGAUGAGGGGUAAUAGCAGUUCCUGAACCUGGUGGUGCAGAUCCUGAAGCUCCUGUACUUCCUUCCUGAUGGUAGCAGUGAGAAGAUCAUAGCUGGAUGGUGGAAGAUGGACCAAAGAAGGAUGCUACCUUCCUGCGACAGUGCUCCUUGUAGAUGUGUUCAAACAUGGGGACGGCUUUACGCAUGAUGGACUGGGCUGUAUCCAUUAUUUUAUACAGGCUUUUCCAUUCAAGGUCAUUGGUGUUUCCAUAUCAGGCCAUGAUCCAACCAGUCAAUAUACUCUCCACCAUGCAUCUAUAGGUUUGUUAAAGUUUUAGAUAACAUGCUGAAUCUUCACAAUUCUUUACAAUAGCAAUUACAUGCUGGACCCAGGACUGAUCCUCUAAAAUGAUAACACUGAGGAAUUCAAAUUUGCCUACCUCUCCACCUCUUAUACCCUGAUAGGGACUGGCUAAUGGGUCUCUGGUUUCCUCAAUUUGUAGUCAAUAAUCAGAUCUUUGGUUUGGCCCUCAGCAGAUUGAGAACUCUGGGGUCAUCCAUGGCAGAUUUUUAAUGGAAUAUCUUUUACUUACCUGGACAUUCAAGAAAUCCAGUUCUAUCCAGAACAAAACUAAGCCAGAGAAUGCUGGUUUAAUGUCAUUAUGAAAUGUUGCUAGCUGUUUCCUCUCUUCACAGGCAGCUGUCUGCUUAACCUACUACCAGCACUCACCGCACGAGUCAGUGCUUUCGCUGCCGGUAACCAACAGGAACUCAAAAAAUGUAGCAAUGAUCUACGCAAAGUCAUCAAGACAGCAAAAUGACAAUACAGGGACAACAUCCAGACACAACUCUCCAGCAAGAACACACGCUGCUUACGGCAGGGUCUGCACACCAUCACAGACUUCAAAGCUAAAUGCAGUGGUGCUGCCUGCAUCACUGCCUCUCUCCCAGAUGAGCCAAAUCUUUUUUCUCUCGGUUCGAAGUCGCCAACACAGAGCCCCCGAAGAGAGCCACUGAUGCGACCUGCAUCUUGAUCAUCUGAGGCUAAAGUAUGCAGGUGUUUCCAACGAGUGGACGGUCACAAGGCCGUGGGACCGGACGGCAUCCCAGGGCGGGUACUCAGGAUGUGUGUGGCACAACUGGCAGGACUACCAGGCUGAGAAAUAUGUCUUCUGGAACUGACUGAAGCAAGUUUGGGCAAGUCUGAUCACUGACAGAGUGGUGCAUUGUGCCAAUGACCUAAUCACCUGAAAACUCAUCAGUCAGUCUGACAGCAGUCAUGGAUUAGAAGUUGAAAUGUGCCUGCAUAUUUAGAAAACUUCUACAAUUCCACUCCAUCUGAUUUAAAGGAGAAAUCUAAUGGUAUUGUGGUCAACGUGCCACACAACAGUAUUCAAGUCCGUCACAAAUCGUUUCAUCAAAAACCUGGCCUGCGCUGGAAUCUGUGCAAGUGUUGUUUGUGUGCCUUUCGACAUCAUUCUGAGUGCCAAUCCAUACUGUUGCUGGUGGAUUUAUACCCUGCUGUUCUGCAAAAUUAUCAAAUUCCUGCACAAAGUCUUCUGUUCGGUCACUGUCCUCAGCUUUACAGUCAUUGCAUUAGACAGGUACUAUUCUGUCUUAUAUCCUUUAGAGAGGAAGAUCUCUGAUACAAAGUCCAGAGACUUGGUGAUCUACAUCUGGAUUCAUGCAGUAUUAGCCAGUGCUCCAGUUUUCGCAGUGACUAGUGUCUCAGACGUCUAUGCCAUGUCUACAUGUAGCAGCUCGUGGAACCAUUCUUCUGGACACCUGACUUACGUAAUUGUAUAUCACGUCACCACCGUGAUUCUGCCAAUAGCCAUGGUGUUCUUGGUGAUGAUUCUGAUUCGUAGAGCUCUCAGUGCCAGCCAGAAGAAGAAAGUAAUUAUUGCUGCAUUACGAACUCCACAGAACAUAAUUUCAAUUCCGUAUGUUUCCCAGCGGGAGGCUGAACUGCAUGCAAUGCUGCUCUCUAUGGUGCUGAUAUUUAUUGUUUGCAGUGUUCCUUAUGUGGUCUUUGUGAUUUAUCGAAUCAUUUUUAAUAUCACCGACAUUUCCGUCUUUUUGAUGCUGACAGCCAUCUGGUUGCCCAAAGUUUCUCUGCUCACUAACCCAUUACUCUUCCUGACUGUCAAUAAGUCUGUCCGGAAGUGCUUAGUGGGGACCAUGAUUCAGCUCCAUCGCAGGUACAGUAGACGGAACAUCAUAAACUCUGGUGCCAUCAACGAUGCCACACUUGAGCCUGGGGUUCGAUCAGGCAGUCAGUUGCUUGAGAUGUUCCAUAUUGGACAGCAGCAGAUUUUCAAACCUUCAGAUGAGGAGGAGGAGGACGUAAAUGAGAUUAAGUCGCUAGCAUCUAGUGAAUGCCAGCAGAAAGAAAUACCUACUGCCAGUUUGGAGGUGGAGCAGUCUUUAGAGACCAAAGUUACUCCACACAUUAACAACGAUCCGGGUGCAGUGCCAGGAGCGACAGCAGCAGCUCCAGAUUCAGAUGCAGUCUCUGACAAGUAUGAAAUGCAGUUUGGCUUUGGCCCAUUCGAACUUCCUCCACAGUGGCUCUCCGAGACACGUAACAGCAAGAAAAGGCUCUUGCCCCCCUUGGGUAACACACCAGAAGAACUGAUUCAAACAGCUGAAAAGCAACCAAAGUUUAAAGCAGAGCGGAAGAUUAGCAGGAACAAUAAAGUCAGCAUCUUUCCCAAAGUGGAUUCUUAAUCCUUUGAUUUAGUUAGUAAGAGUGAAGAAUGUUUUGAAAACACAGUCCUAUCAGUUUCUAUAGCACAUAGUAACAUAGCACUGCCUGCACAAUAUUGUAUGUCAAACUAUUUUUAAAGCAAGUGAAGUACAAGCUACAGACUCAUUCUUCAAUUAGCAGUGCUCCCGUGGCCAAUCAUCAGAAGGAUUUGCAUUUGAACUUCCUUGUUUUACCAUUUGAAUUGCAAACAGUUCAUACUUUGACAUGGAAGAGUGAGUGGGAAAUACUUUAAUGCAUUGACAUUCAAAAGUGAGAAGUUAUUUAUUUUCUUAUUUACUUCGUAUAGGAUUGCUUAAUCUUACUUAAAAUUGAUAUUCAUCUGUAUUUGAAUCUGAAGGUGAAAGUAUCAGUUUUUCUGGAUGACUUAAUCAGCCCUGCUUUAUUGCCAUCCUGUAGAUUCUUGUACUACAGUAUCAAAUUCAGCCAGAAUGCCACGCUCUUUUAUAGUCAUUCAGUUUCAUCUGGGACCAAAGGAUGAGAUUCUUCCACUAAUUAAUUAGUAUCAUUUCUCAAGCCAUCAUAUCAGUUUUUUAAAAUGUACUCUUGGAAUAAGGGCAUUGCUGUAUGUUUGAAAUUUAUUAGCUAUUCCUGUGUGGCCUGAUAAUAUGGCACUGGGCAUUGGAUUUUUAUCUCCUUGAUAUAACUCAAUGUAUUCUGAGAGAUCUCAGAGUCCAGGUAAAACUUAUCCUUAGUGAUUUGGGAGUGAGGUCACACAUGGGUCAAAUGGGAGCUGCAAGUUUCAUGGUCACAAUUAUUGAAAUAUUUUAAAAAUUUCUAUCUCUUUUGAAAUUGAAUUCUGGUUCUUAAACUGCCAAGAUGGGAUUUUAACUUGUACAGUCCGCAAAAUGAACCCAGGUCUGUGGAUUAAUGGUCCAAUAAUAGAACCAAUACACGAUCAGACCCCAAAUUACAUUGAUACUGUAUAGACUAAACCUUUAUAUUUUCUCCGCACUUCCCAAAACACACAUAAAAUAAUCUAUGGUAUGAUGUUUCUGUCUGGUAUGUACAUAUAUUAUUGUUCAUGUGACCAAAAAGAAAGAAUAGACCAGCUCACUACUUUCAAUUAGUAAAAAAAUACAAUCACUAGUUGUUUGUCUAUUUGGUAGGUGUAUUUUGAUUGACUACUCUGUGUAUAAUCACUCCCAUAACAUUAUGUGGCUGUUACUUUUAUUAUAAAAUAAUAUAAAGGAAAAAUUUGUGCAUCAUAGUUUAAGUUGUUUGUAGUUUAAUUGUGUUUUAAGUGUUAAAACAAUUUUAUUUUUAUUUCAUUUCCUUGAAGCGAUUAACUUGCAGGCGUGAACUAAGUUUAUUAAGCUGUAUGACUGCAUACUUUCAUAUUUGGGAAUUCCUAAUCUUGUGACAAUUCAGAGUUCAUUCCACCUGAAACAGGAAGUAUGGAACAGUGGAGAUGUAGUUUGUGGAUAAAAAAGGAAGAUAAAUACAAAUGAGGAAAAGUUGGGAUUGUACAAGGUUUUAUGGGAAAAUUGGUUUAUGAACACUGGAAAGAAAUAGGAAGAGAUUGAGUUCCUUUAUGAAGUGUAGUAGGUUUCUAAUGUCUAAAACUUCAUCAUAAUCACAGGAGAGCAUCAGUGGGAAGCAGCUUUAGAAUCAUAGAGCUAUACAGAACAGAAACAGGCUCUUUAGUCCAUUAUAUCCAUGCUGGGGAAUAGAAUUCCAUUGCCUUUUGAGAAAUUUUGGGUCAAAUUGUUUUGUUGGCAUGCUAAAUAGGGAAAAAAUUGCUUGGAGAUACAGCAUAGGAUAUGUCCUUCCUGCCCUUCGAGCUACACUGCCUUGCAAACCCAUACAACUGUGAUUUAACUGUAACCUAAUCAUAGGACAACUUAUAAUGAUCAAAUUAAUCUACCCUGUAUGUCUUUGGACUGUGGGAGGAAACCGGAUGACCCGGAAAACACCCAUGCAUUCCACUGGGAUGAUGGACAGAUUCCUUUUAGAUGAGGCCAGAAUUGAACUCCAAACUCCACUCUUUAAUACGUAUGCAAAAUUGAUCAGAAUGGAUUGGUUAAUUUUAUUAAAAUAAUUAUAUUUUAAUAAUUACAGAUAAACUUACUAGUCAUGAAUCCCCUGGGGUGUUUGGGGAGGGUUGAGAGGGGCAAUGUUUGGGAAACAGUAUGCAAAUUGUAUUUUACUUUUGACAAGUCCAUUUAAAAAAUUAUUUUAUUGAAUUUUACCAUAGGGAUUAUGGCUUGUUAUUGCUUGAAAACAUUCUGUUUGUCAAUAUAUGCAUUAAUGCUAAAGAAAUUCCAUCAUCAUUCUAAUGAAAUAAUGGGGAAGUUCAUCUGCUUAAGGCUGGCAGAUCUGAGUGCACAGUUGGUCAGAAACCUGGAAAUUCCAGGGGCAAACUGGAGUGCAGCCUUCCGCAAUGCUGGUCCCAAAUCCUGGAUACCUGGAUAAUACCUAUAGUCUUACUGUGAAGAUAUGUUUCUCAGAUCCUCAGCCAAGAAACAUCUUCCCUCUGAUCCUGGAGCAAGAACAGCGACCACAUUGAAAUUUUUGGGUGUAUAUUCCUGUUUGCAUUUUCUUUGAGUCAGUUCAGUUAAUUUAAUUAUUAUGUGUGCACACCUACCAGUGUCUUCAUAUUUAAGCAACUUUA